UAUAAGAGCAUCCCAAAAUAACCAGAGGUAUCAGUUGAUCCCUUCUUGACUUCAAGAGCACAUCUCAUCCCAACCAUGAAUAAAUUCGUCGCCGUUCUUUCCUUUAUCGUGGCUGUGGCCUCAGGUGCCCGCAUUCCCCGUGACUCGGGAUACUCCCAGAGUGGAUCCCAGAGGGGCAAUGCCCAAGCUCAAGCUCCCAUUGGUAUUGUCUCUUCAGUCUACAAUGGCCCCACCGCCGAGUCGCAGAACUUUGACUUUGCCUUUGAGACAGAGAAUGGCAUCCGGCAAGAGGCCACUGGAGAGAUGAAGACCAUUGAUGACACCGAGGUGGUCGUGAUGCGCGGCAGCUACACCUAUUUGGAUGCCGAGGGUCGUGAUGUGACCGUGACUUGGGAGGCCGAUGAGAAUGGUUAUCGUGCUGAGUCUGACAUUUUGCCCGUGGCCCCAGAGAUCCCAUUUGAAGAGCAACGCCAGGCUGUGGCCGCUCAAAUCGCCUUUGCCCAACAAGAGGAACAAGCCGCCGCUGCCUCUUCCACUUCCAACAGAUACGCCCCUGCUCCUGCCAACAGCUACUCUGCUGCGGCUCCGGCCGCUCCCACCAGCCAAUACGGUGCUGCUUCUCCUGCUCAACCCACAUACACGCAAUACAACUACUAAAUAUUGAAUGGGAUUCAAUCAAAAAAGGAUGCAAGAGGUGACUCUUGAGUCGCCUUUUUCUGGCAUCUGCAACAUUUUCCCAAACUCUAUACACUAUGGUUAUUUAUUAAAUAUAUGAA